CGAGAAAUCGUGAGAGAUAGUUAAAUGAAUAUACUUCGAGAGUGAAAAUGAAAUCGAAUUUCUAUAGCAAUCGAAAUAUGAUGAAAAAAAACAACAAAUAAUAAAAUGUUUACCAUAGAAAGAGUGUAAAUCAUAAGCCCACAGUUACAUAUAAUUUUUUUUUCCAUUAUUAAAAUAAUAAAUAUUGCAAGGUGCUGUGAAAUGAAAAUUAAAUAGUUCAUAUAUGUUUCCAUAAAUACAGAAGCUAAUUCCCCAUUAAGAAGCAAUUUUAAUAUAUUACAAGCCAAUAUAUAGAACGACUGAAUAUACUAUAUAUACAUACCAAUAAUUGCAAUGGUUGUGCCACUAAUAGCGCUAACGCGCAAAUUAUGCCAAACAUUAUAAAAUACGCGCGGAACAACGCAUAAUUUUAGGCGCAUUAAGAGCCGUGCAACGUAACAAAAAUCGGAAUGACCCACAUAAAAUUGACCGCGACGCAGCGCAGAAUGCGAACAAUGUGCACCAAAGCGAGCGGAACGACAGUGAGAAUCGCCAAAAGAACGAGAACAACAACAGCGAUAACCACUGCCAACAGGAUAGCGCCACCAACGCACAGAAUGCGAAUGAAACGGAAGAGUAAAAUACCGGAAAUUUCAUUGCUAAUUGCGGCAAUUUGGAUUAACAGCUUCUGUUCGUGGCCUAGCGAUGGCGGUGGAAGUGGUGUUGGUCCUCUGCCAUUUGCCUACUGCGCGCACAUGACCGCAACAGCUGGUGUUGCCACCGGACACACGUUCACCAUCGAAAUGCGCGGCCCCGAUCACUACGACGAAGGUCGCAGAGCCGGCGACGGAAGCAGUAGUAGUGUGGAAAAUAUGGAAACGCAUGGCUUUGGUCAUGAUGGUGGUGGCGCCACUGGUAUGCUAGAGGAAUCGGAGGAGCGCGAUCAUAUUGCCCAUCAUUUUGAAAUGAAAAAUCAAGAAGAAAUGCUAGAUGAUAUUCGAGAUGAUGCAGCUGGGAAUUUCAUACCUGAAAAAGAUUUACCAAAAUUUGGCGAACCUUUACAAAAUGUCACCAUACCAGUGGGACGAGAGGCGGUAAUGCAAUGUGUUGUCGAUAAUCUGCAGACCUACAAAAUUGCGUGGCUACGCGUCGAUACACAAACAAUACUAACAAUACAAAAUCACGUUAUAACGAAAAAUCAUCGUAUGAGCAUAACUCACUCGGAGAAACGUGCUUGGAUAUUGCGGAUACGUGAUGUCAAGGAAGCGGAUAAAGGCUGGUAUAUGUGUCAGAUCAAUACGGAUCCGAUGAAGAGUCAAGUUGGUUACCUGGAUGUUGUGGUGCCACCUGAUAUCCUCGAUUAUCCAACCAGCACCGAUAUGGUAGUACGCGAAGGUUCCAAUGUAACACUGAAAUGUGCAGCAGUUGGCUCACCAACACCGACCAUAACGUGGCGACGUGAAGGUGGCGAACCCAUACCGCUACCCAAUAAUACUGAAGUCAUCGCCUACAACGGCUCCUUCCUCACGAUCACUAAGGUACAACGCCUCAAUAUGGGCGCAUAUUUAUGCAUCGCCUCAAAUGGCAUACCACCAUCGGUCAGCAAGCGCGUAAUGCUAAUUGUGCACUUCCCUCCAAUGAUUUGGAUACAAAAUCAGCUAGUUGGUGCUGCCACUGGACAAAAUAUAACACUCGAAUGUCAGUCAGAAGCAUAUCCGAAGUCAAUUAAUUAUUGGACGAAAAAUGACACGAUCAUUGUGCCGGGUGAACAUUUUGCAUCCGACAUCAUUGAGACUGGCUACAGAAUAACAAUGCGAUUAACCAUAAACGAUGUUAACAUAGCGGAUUUCGGUUCAUAUCGUUGUGUGGCGAAGAACUCACUAGGCGAUACAGAUGGUACAAUUAAACUCUAUCACAUUCCGCACACGACGACAAUAACUACGAUAGCACCGACGGUGGCACUCAAUACCGUGCCGGUGGUAAUUGCGAAGUACAACAACAAAGAUCAACGUUUUAGCAAAAAAGUUCAUCGCACAAAAUCCAAUGUCGCCGAUAUUUCAUCGUCUUCGUCAUUGAAUAAUGUUUAUAUUGGCGCCACAUCGAGCUUAUGGAAUUCGCAGGAACAUAAUACGGGGAGAGAGCAUCAUCAAUCUUCCGAUCACAGUAACUACCGCAGUGAUACAAAGUCAGCGACGAGCAAACACGAUGCCGACUCACUAACAGAUACCGACGAUGCCAGCCAUGAUGCAGCGUGUAGAACAGCAAAUACGCAUGCGCUGCUAAAUUAUGUUUCCAUCGCGAUAUUUCUCAUAUUUAGUGUGCGAGUGUAGCAGCUACUAUGCCUAUAAUAGCUGGAAAAGAAAAUAGAGUAAAUUAAAAACAGGCUGCAGACCAAAUACUGUAAAUUAAUUAUUAAGCUAAAUUAAUUGGUAUUUAAUUGAAAUUAAUGGUAAAAAUUAAAACAAAAAAAUUAAAAAUACAUAAAAAUGAGCUUGCCAUAUUAUUACAUAUUAAGCGCUUAGAAAAUAAGGGAAACUAUUUAUAGAAAUUUAAUUUGAAGCAAAAUUCUCUAAACAGUGUAGGUUAAAAAAUAACCUAUUUUUUUGCAAGUUAAUUGUAAAAUAAUUAAAUAACAAACAUAAUUAAUAAUAAAUUGAUUAAAUCAAGCGUGUGUAUAGAUUAAAUUAAAGCUAAUAAACAAAAAACUCAGUGUUGAGUGCAUGCUAGUCCGCAUAUUGUGUAUAGUUUUAGGCUUUUUAGGUGCUCAUAAGCAAAGCACGAAUGUAUAUAAAUAUUAAAACGCUAAUGAAUUAUCAUUAUUCAUUAGUAUAACAAAUAAUUACUACGUGUACAUUGUAUAUGUAGCUGUUGCUGUGCUGUGUAUCUCCGGUAAAAUACCUUAAUACAUAAUUGUUAAAGCUAUUGCUGAGUUUAUUAUAAAAACAGGAAAAUUAAUGAAAAACAAAAUUAAAAAUGUUAAAAGUAUUUUAAAAUUAAGUAGUUUAGCUUUGGCGAGCUUAAAAAAGCAAAAAAAAAAUGCAAAUAUUAUUUAGUGUAAAAAUGAAUGGAAGUAAAUUAAAGGCAAUGCUUAAGACUUAUUUGUAGUUUAAGCAUUUUUGCACUGUUUUUAAUUCAAAAUUAUAACAGCAAGAGAGUUUAAAUAUAAACAAAAAUUAAAAUUAAUAAAAAAAUAAAAAUAAAAAUUAUUUAUAAUUCAAUUAAGACAAAUUUAUGACAAGCAAAAUUUGCCACGCCCAUGCAGCGCAUAUCGCCAAAGAUAUUAUAUUAAUAUUACAUUGAUAAUAUAUACAGUGUGCGACAAAACUAAAGCACGGAAUCCACCCUGUCGGUAUUUAUAUGAAUAAAAUCAUGAAUUGAACAUUGAAUGAUUUAUACAAAAUUAUACAAAUAUAAAAAUUUUUCCAAAAAUCAUUUUGUGCUUUAGUUUUGUCGCACCAAAAUUUUGGAAUUUUUCACAUAAAAAUAUCGACAAGGUGGAUUCCGCGCUUUAGUUUUGUCGCACACUGUAUGUGAAAUUUUAAAUACAACGACCAAAAUAAUAAAAAUAAUUGUAAAAAAAAAAAUUACUAACAAGCGAUAACUCAAUUAUUUUCAAUGAAAAAUUGCAAGAAUAUGUGACGUGAAUAUAAUUUAAUUAAGUCAACUUGAAGUUUGAAAAAUACUACUGUAGGUAAAAAAAAAUUUAUGCAGUGACAAAGUGACAAAAUCAUGUAUUUUUAAGUAAAUAUAUCCGUAUACUUAGACCUUGGAAGUUUGAGACAAGAGCAUUAAUGUAUAUAGGUCAGUCUCUAUCUUUGUUUUAAAUCCAAAUUUGUAAAUAAAACACUUCAUUGUAAUGUUGGUUGUGUUAAAUAUUCAUACAUAUGUAUAUACAG